CAACCCCAGCAGACCCAAUUCCUCCAAAAGCAGCAGCAGAUACCCGUGUCGUACGCUCAGGCGAUGGGCGCUGGGAACGUAGCGGAUUGGAGACAGGCGUUGGCGCCGGACGUCAGGGUCGCUUACACCAAUCUUCUGGUCAAGUCGGUCGAAUCGCUCGGGCAGUAUCCGGAUACGAGAGUCCAUGAGCUGGCGUCUGGGUUUGAGGCGAGGACUUGGGAGAGGUCUCAGUCAUAUAGUACGCAAAGAAUAUACGACAAAAAUGUGACGAGAUUGGAGUCAAGACGGGGCAGCCGGCCGCCGCGACGAGCAUGCAGAUGGGCGGUGGUGGGAUGCAGACGAUGCAAGCUGCGUCGUACGGCAUCUCGGUGGCUACCUCCAAUGCGCCGCAGAUCAUGGCGCAGGUUCAGGCGGCUCAGAUGGCGAGAUCUAUGCCGCCUGGGUCGAUGCAGCAUCUGGCGGCAGGUGGGGUGCCAAUGCGGCCAGGAGGAUCCGUUAGUCAGGCACAGGCGCAGCUUCUUAUGGCGCAGCAGCAACAGCAGCAGGCGGGUGGGCGGCCUGUGCUUCAACAGCAGGGAUUACUUACGUCCGUUGGCCAACAACAGCAACAACGGCCGCUGCUGCAGCAGGGGACGAUCGACCCUCACCAAUACGCAUUAUCCCAGAUAGGGCCCGACAUCACACCCCAAGAAGGCAUGAUGAUUGCAAACAUGACCCUGGCCAGCCUAAAAGAGCACCUCGAGAAAAACAAGCUGCCCAUGAAUUCCGCACAACGGGCCUGGAACGCCAAAGUGACGUACGAUCGAGCAUUCGCUGUAGCACAGGAAUCCAAUGCGAGACGAGCAGGGCAGAACAUACCGCAAGUCCCCCAGCAGCAGCCGUUCCAGUUGCGCGCCCCGGCGAGUAUGGCGCAGGCGACCCCGGCCGUGUCGCAGCCGUUUGGGACGGACCCUGCGCAGGCUCAGAUGCUGCAGCCUGCUGCCGGAGUUGUUGCACGCCCACGACCACCCGUGGCGCCUGAGCCUGUGAAGACUGCUGUGCAACAACCGGCUAGACCUGCGCAACCGGUGCCGACUGCCGCUGGGGUGAUCAAACGACCCGUUCUAACAUUGGAUGAGGGGGAGCAGCAAUAUGUUCGAGGAAAGUUGGAGUCCAUGAAGCCAAUGAUGCAAAAGGCGGAGUUGAUGAUCGGAGUUCUCGACUCGUCCACGAUACCCAGUGACCGCGAAGCCGCCAAAGACUGUCUCCAACUGAUGAAAGUAUGGCAAGCGCAAAUGGAACUGCUCCCACAAAACGUGUUCAACUUCAAUCCGACCUCUGUGGAGAAGCUGUACAAUAAGAUGCUGCACUAUACGAGGACGGCAGAGGACCGACGGCGGCAGAUGCAACAGAAUGGAGGGGUGAAAACUACACGGGGUUCGUCUCAGGACCCGAUCCUCGUUGCUAGUCCGCAUAGCUCUGUGGGCGGACGGCCGUCAGGGUCGUAUCAGUUCCCCGCAAGCACGCAACCGGAAGACGCAUCACAGGUGGCACCGACAAUCAUCACCGAGUCUCCGGAAGUCGCCGCGGUGGCGAUUCCGACGACGAAAGGCGGGAAGAAGGGGAAAGGGAAAGCUGCGCCGAAUAAGAAAGCGUCUGCUACUCCUACCACUGCUACCGCUGCCACCGCCGCAGCCCCCGCAGCCCCGCCUAAAUCGCGUGGAAAGCGAGGAUCAAAAUCAAAAGCAGGCACACAGGAUGAGCCGCCCCUCAUGUCACCGGACCCAGCUGCUGGACAGCCCCCGGCUACCGCGGCGGCGUCUCCAACCCUUCUUGCACCCAAACCGAAACGAAGCCGAGGCAAGUCGUUGGCUACGGACGCGCCAGCGGAACAGCCCGCAACGGCAACAUCAACAGCAGCAGCAGCAGCCGCGGCCGCGAAACCAAACCCGACGAACGCAAAGACGAAAGCGGGUGCGAAGACGGGCGCGAAGGCGAAACAACCCGCGACCAAAACGGGCAGUAAAUCCAACGCUGCUCCUGCUGGUGAAUCCGCGAAACCACCCUCAGUGCUGGAAGCGGCUGCCCUCACGGCUUCAGCCGGAGGUGUUGGUGGUUUCAGUACGACCACCGCCGCCGCCGCCCAACCGCAAACGGCGACCCCCACCACCGCGCCCAUCACUACGGUUCGGACACCUUCAACAAAGCCAGACGUAGACCCGCACAUCCAGAAAGCGAUCGAAAACACCUACAUGAACGAUUUCGCUUCCUUCAACACGCACCCGGCGGACCCGAUGAUGCGUUUGGUGGAAUUGGGAUGAAUCAGAUGGGGGAGAAUCAGGGGGAGAGGGAGGAGGAAGUGGAUCCGGUUGCGACCUACACGAUGUAUUUUGGAUUGCAUCAUGGUGAGCGGCGGCGAGACUCACAUAAGUGCGGCCAUCACGACACCGCGUCCACGGCUCAGGAUACCCAGACGGCAACAAUCCAUAAACGCAAACGAGAUGA